AUGGCUCAGCCGUGCUCAAAUGAAUAUUUUGACAAGUUGCUUAAUGUUUGCAAACCUUGUCACCUUCGAUGUCUUAAUACCCCUCCCUCACCAUGUCAGCGAUAUUGCAGCGCAAUGAAAGGAACAAAUACAAUUCUCUGGACCUGCCUGGGCCUGAGCUUGACAGUUUCUUUGACGGUUUUCGUGUUGAUGUUCUUGCUAAGGAAGAUGAGCUCUGAACCAUCAAAGGACGCAUUUAAAAACACAGGAUCGGCUCUCCGGAACGAGGCAGAGGCUGACCAACGCGAGAGCCGCGAAAGCAGGACUGGAGCGAAAGUACUCCUCUCGAGGGCCCUGGAGUACACAGUCGAAGAAUGUACCUGUGAAGACUGUGUCAAGAACAAAUCCAAGGUCGAUUCUGACCAUUCCUUUCCACUCCCGGCUAUGGAGGAAGGUGCAACCAUUCUCGUCACCACGAAAACAAAUGACUACUGCAAUAGCCUGGUAGCUAGUGUCACAGAGAUGGAAAGAUCCAUUUUUACCAGAUAAUUGACCAUGUCGCCUGGUAUCGAGCUGCUUUGAGCAUCUUUUGUGAGAAGGCAGAAGGGCGAUGUAUCCCAUCUCUUUAGGAUGAUUGUAUGUGUCAGUUGCCGAUAGAGCUUUUUUGGUCCUGUAAUUCCAGCCAAUCGUUAUGUUGGCUAUACUUCCCUACUUCAUUGUUGGGAGCCUAACUGCGUAAAUUUCCUUGGUUUCAUGAUUAAAUUCUUCACUCACUGAAAAAAA